AACUUUUUUUUAAUUUUAUUUUCUGAUUUUAAAUUUUUUUUUAAAGCGUUAAACCAAUAAGAACGGGACACGUGCCAAAGUAAUAAUGCCACGACACCAUUGUUGAUAAAAUAACUUAACUUUUGUUAACGAAAAUGGCGGUCAAAGGGUAUUGUUGAUAAAAUAUUAUGAGGUGGAGGACACAACUUAUAACUUUAAAUAAGUUUGGGUACAGCUUAGAAAUUCGAUAAUUUGGGGGGCAAAGCUUAGAAAAACCCAAACUUUUAUUAUAACACCACCAUAAACCAAAAAAUUUGAUUUCAUCACCACUUAACUUUGCCAUGCAAAAAAACCGUUAGUGGGCCCACUUUGUACACGUAUUAAUUAUUUAUUGGAUAAAAAAUAUGAAAAAUUAAAAAAAAAAAAGAGAAAUUGUAAAAAAAAAAAAAACUAAAUCUAAACCUAGCCACCAUCGACGUCGGUUCCCACCACCAGUGCCAGCUCUACUGCCGUCACCCCAACCCAGCCCCCACCUUCCGUUACCCAACCCCAGCAAACCACCGUUGGCCGACGAAACCAACCCACCCAAUCUCGUACUCUAACCUCAACCUAAACCAGCCGUCACCCACAAACCAGGCCCAAUUUUGGUUUUCGGGGUUGGGUCUAGUUGAGGGUGAGUAGGACGGUUUGUGGGUUUGGGUAUGGGUGUGGGUUUGUUGGGGUUUCAGUAGUUCAGCGACAGAGUUAAGGGUAGGGCAGAGGAGUUCGACAAAUAUUGUGGUCGGCGAUGUUACGGUGGUUAGGCGACGGCUGGGGUUUCGGCUGGUUUAGGUUGGGGUUAUGAUGGUUUGGUGACGGUUUCGGAGGUUCUGGGGCUGGGUAUGGGUGACGACGGUGGUUCAACGCAAGGUUUCGGUGGCGGCAGUGGAAAACCACCGGCGGUGGUGGCUGUUGAGCAUCUUAGGAUUUAUUUUUUAAUUUUUCUUUUUUUUUUCAAAAUUUUUUUUAUCCAAUAUGGUUUUUUUUGGUGUUCUACCCGUUCACCCUUUUUAUCCAAUAUGUGAUUGACACGUGUAUCAUAUGAGACUCACUUAAUGUUUUUUUUGGAUGACAAAGUUAUGUGAUGGUGAAACCAGUUUUUUGGUUUUUUUUUUUUAUUAUUUUUUUAUGUUAUAAUAAAAGUUUUAAAAUUUGUGGUGUUAUAAUCAGAAUUGUGAGAUUUUUGUGGUGUUAUUUUAUAAAAUUUCAUAUAAGAAAGGCGUGAUUGUUUCAAGAGUCAAGACUGUCAACUAAAUAACGGAAGAAAUAAUUUGGAGAGAGUAGUGGGAUUAGGUACUUUAGGUAGUGUUUUAUACCAAACCCGUUACAUACUCAGAUUAUUCAUCUUCCCUUUUGCCUGCAACAAUCAACAUUACACUUCAAUUUAACAUCUAAUGACAAAAUUACUACAUACCCAAUGCACAAAACUCUAAUUCCUCAACUGAGUAUCACCUUUCUUCCCCAAAUUUCACCCUCAAAAAUCGAAGAUCAAUCAAUUCAAUUCAAUCCUAUGGAAGAAGGAGAAGAAGGGGUGAGUUACCCACUUGAAAACGAACAAACCCAGAAAAAUAAGAGCAAAGAAAGAGGAAUUUGGGGCAUAAUCAUGUCAGCUAUAAAUUGGGUGAUCAUGUUAUGUGAUGAAUUACACUGGAGUUUUGUGAUGGGUGUGAUUGCAGUUUAUGGAAUUAGUCAAGGGUUAAGUAUGGGUUUAAGCCGUGUUACUAUGCAGUAUUAUAUGAAAGAUGAACAAAAGAUUCAACCCUCUGAAGCUCAGAUUUCAAUGGGGGUUAUUAGAUUUCCUUGGGUUGUUAAGCCUUUGUGGGGUCUUCUUACCGAUGUUGUUCCUCUUUCUGGGUAUAGAAGAAGGCCAUACUUUAUAUUUGCUGGGUUUCUUGGAGUUACGUCAAUGCUUGUCCUGUCUAUUGUCGAUGGUCUGCAUUUGGUGCCUGCUGUUCUGUCUCUCAUGGCUGGAAGUGCUGGGGUAGCUAUAGCAGAUGUGACAAUAGAUGCUUGUAUCACUGAGAAUAGUAGCACUCAUCCUACACUUGCUAGUGACAUGCAAAGUUUGUCUGGAUUAAGCUCUUCAAUCGGAGCUCUAGCAGGGUUCAUAAUAAGUGGAUUUCUUGUUCAUCUAGUUGGGUCCAAGGGUGUGUUUGGCCUGCUGACACUUCCACCUGCACUGGUUGUUUUGGUUGGAUUGACAAUUAAGGACGCUCCUGUGCGAAAUCACUCCUACAGUAGGGUUAAUGAGAAGUUUGGUGAUGCUGUAAGAGCUAUGUGGACCACAUUAAAGUCCCAGCAUGUCUGGAAGCCAUGUCUUUAUAUGUUUUCGUCACUUGCUCUUAACAUAAACAUCCAUGAAGGACUGUUUUAUUGGUAUACAGAUGGGAAGGGAGGUCCAUUAUUCUCAAAGGAGAUUGUGGGAUCCAUAUAUUCCAUAGGGGCACUAGGCUCUCUUUGUGGGGUUCUUCUCUAUCAAAAUAUGUUGAAAAAUCGCCCUUACCAUGACUUACUUUUCUGGACGCAGUUGCUGCAUUGUGCUUCAGGAAUGCUGGAUCUAAUAUUGGUGCUUCGUCUAAAUCUGAAUCUUUACAUUCCAGAUUACCUCUUCAUUGUAAUUGAUGAAGGGGUUUCGCAUAUGAUAGGACGUCUUAAGUGGAUGCCUUUGCUUGUACUUAGUUCCAAGCUUUGCCCUUCUGGGAUAGAAGGAACGUUCUUUGCACUAUUGAUGUCCAUCGACCAAGUGGGAAUGCUAACCUCGACAUGGGCAGGAGGUUUUGUUUUACAUUAUUUACAUGUAACACGGUCAGAAUUUGAGAACCUCUGGCUUGCAGUUCUACUUCGUAAUCUUUUAAGGUUGACACCAAUUUUUUUGUUGUUUCUGGUGCCGAGAACUGAUCCGAACUUGCCAGUGCUCCCUUCAGAAAUAUCAAAGACUAAAAGGGAUACUGAGAUGCUGACGACUGAUAAUCUUGAAAUGGCAUCUCUUCUUGAUACCAGCUGAUCAAAAUGUUAUAUCUCACUGUUGUUCAGAUGCCAGAGGUAAUGAUCAAUGUAGAUCACUGUGUUUUUUGGCUGUUUACUACUGUAAACUGAACUGGCAGCAGGCCAGUAUGAUCGCGAUGGAGCCUAAAUUUCUACUGUGUGGAGUAAUCAUAUCUUGAUGAUCAAGUAUGGUGAAAUGAAGUCGACAUUAUCAGUUUUCAUGAUGGCUGAAGAACUCAAGAACCAAUUAAUGGUUAGAAACUUCUCUGCUGACCUGUUGUAAUUCUCCUAGCUAAUUGUUGUAUGAUACAUUGAUACCUCAUUACAGUGAUAAUUGUCUCCCUUUUUUUUUUUUUUUUUUUUUUUUUUUUUUUUUUUUUUUUUUGGUUUUGGGUAAUGAAUAAUAACUUCUCUGUAAAAGAUAGCAAAGAAUAGAAAGGCCAGUUUUAGGCUUAGAAAAUAAUAUAGUAUACUUGCAGACUAAGGGUAAAAGGUGCCCAUUAUUUUAAUCUGACAAACUUGCAGAUUAAAGAAUGUAUAUGUUGAGAUUGAACAGUUAACUUUA